GCUGCUGGACGAGGGCUUGCGGACGUGCAGGAGCCGUGCGGGGAGGAGUCAGGCAGGCACCGGGCAGGGGCAUGACGCGCCCUGCCCUGAAGAGAAACGUGGGCUCGAGCAGCCAUGGCCACCACCCAGCACUAUCUGUGGGCCGCCGGCCACUUCAUCCUCCUGAUUUCGUCCCUGCGCUAUUUGCUGGCCACGAUUCUGUUCAGAAGCCCUGCCCCGUGGUGGUACAAGACGGCCUACACUGGUGCGCUUGCCAGCUAUGCGAUCGUCUGCCAAAAGUCUCUAGGGGCUCCACAACCGAACUAUGCAUGGGUGUCGCGAGCCUUGGCUGAUGAGAAUGUACAAUAUCUCUUGCUCGCGCUGUUCUGGUGGACGUCGAAGCCUAUCGCCCUCGCCCUUGUACCAUACACCAUCUUCUCGCUCUUCCACGCUUUGACGUUCUCGCGCACGACCUUAAUGCCCCAAAUCCUCCCCCAGGGUCAGCCGACGACUGCUAACGGCCCUCCCACUCCUCAUCCCAUCCAGAAGAAACUCCAGACCUGGGUGAAAACCAAUUACGACACCGCAAUGAAGGCCGUUGCGUACGCCGAACUCCUCAUCAUGCUCCGUGUCCUCCUCGGUGCCAUCACGUUCCAGAACUCGCUCUUGUCCCCUGUCUUCUACGCCCACUUCCUCCGCGCUCGCUGGUACCAGUCGAAGUUCACCCAGACCGUCAUUGGCCAAGUCAAUGCCAGGAUCGAGCUUCACGUCACCGCGCCUGGCGCAUCGCCCAUGCUCGCGCAGGUGUACGACAAGGUCAAGGUUGUUGUGUCGCGCUGGGCGGGCAGCGUGAUUGCGCCGCAGGAGGCUGGCGCGAGGAGGCAGUGAGGGGGCGGGGCUGCGAUGUUGCUGCUGUGCACGGUGGGUGUCGUGUAUGUGCUCUGCGGCCGAUAUCUCUAGAACUGUUCGCUAUAUGUUGGUCUUGAAUGUGCGUCUAACGAGUGCAAUGAAAUAUUUGCUGUACAA